AUGGUGGAUACGGCGGGGUCCUGCAUCAGCGCGCUGCCUAGCUGCUCCGCCAUGGCCACGAACUGCGGGUUCUGCAUCAGCUGCUGCAUCGUCGACACGUACUUCUACGGGUCCAGCUGCGCCGCCGCCGCCGCCUGCUGCCGCCGCUGCCGCGGGGACACCACCGUCUUCUGCAGCUGCUCCGCCAUCUCCGUGAACGCCGUGGUGCUUGUCGUGCUCGCUGCCGUGAGAAGGCCGACGAGGAGGAAGAGGAAGCGGCGGAGCGGAUGCAUCCUCGUGGUGAUGUGCUGGUUGUGCAGAGUGGAGUAG